UUAAUUUAAUAAAGAUGGAAGGUAUGCCAGCAUUGAAAAAGGCUAGAUUAGAAUUCCCAUCAAAACAUAAACAAUUAUCUAACAACAAUAAAAUUAAUGAAAGUGCUGAUUGUCUUAUCAUUCCAACUUCAUCAUUAAGAGAGUCUACUAGUUUUUUUGUUGAUGAUAUUGCUCAAUUACUUCUUGUUAAAAAUUUUGUUGUUAUCCAGGGGCCUUCUGGUUCAGGCAAAACCCAUUCAGCAAAAAUUAUCAGUGAAAAAUGCGGACUUAAUUUAAAUAUUUUACAAAUUAGCCACCAAGUUGAUGUUAAGUUGUUAUAUGGAAGUUACACUUGCACCGAAGUUCCUGGAGAAUUUGUUUGGAAGCCGUCUAAAUUCGCUCAGUGUUUACAACAAGAAUGUCUUAUCCUUUUGGAAAAUAUUGAUCAUGGAGGUCCUGAUUUAGCCUCAGCUAUUUUACAAUUUGUCAAUAAUGAAUGUAUUGAAUUACCUAAUGGAAUGAAAAUUAAAAUGAAUAAAAAUUGCCGUAUUUUGGGUUCUAUUGAAGAAAAUGCUCAACAAUUAUUUUCAAUUCCUUUAAUUCUACAAGAAUAUCCUUAUAAUGUUAAAUUGUCUGCUCCUUCAUUUAAUCAAUUAAAUGAUAUUAUUAAACAAAAAUAUCCAAAAUUGGAAAAUAUACGGGAGAAGCUUAUUUCACUUUUCGUUGCAGUGUCAGAUUUAAUAAAAACAAAAAAGAUAUCAAUUGAUCGUUUACUUAAUACACGGGAUUUAUUUGUUGCAUUGUCUCGUUUAUGCUCUUCUCCGACAAAUAUUUUGAAUGAUCCUCGUGCAAUUUUUCUUGAAUUAUUUGAUGUCUGGGCAGUUCAUUUAACAUCAAUUUCUCUUAAAUUAGAUGUGGCAAAUUGUAUUUCUGAAGCUCUUUCACUUUCAAAAGAAGAACAAAAUUUCUUAUUAAAUAUUAGACAUCCUAAUUUGGUUGUUAACAACGAAAAUGUGGAAAUUGGUAGAAUUAAUUUGGAAAGGAGAUUGCUUACAAACAUAAAUUCACAAUCUUCAAAUUUUGUUCUUACACGUGAUGCUACAUGUUUACUUGAACGUUUGGCUGCUUCAAUAAUUCAAACUCCGCCAGAGCCAAUUCUUCUAACUGGUGAAACUGGUGUUGGGAAAACUAGUUCAAUUCAAUAUUUAUCUCAUUUACUUCGUGUUCCUUUACGUGUUGUUAAUUUAAGUCAGGAAUCGGAGUCUACUGAUCUUUUGGGAGGUUAUAAGCCAACAUCGCCAUUAAAUAUUCUUCGACCUUUGGCUGAUGAAUAUUUUCGAUUGUUCAAAAUUUCAUUUGAUUUGGAGAAAAAUUCCAAGUUUCUGAAUAACGUCAAUAAAUGUUUUAACUCUCAACGUUUUGGUGAUUUUCUUCAACUUAUUUUGAAGUCGAGCACUAGAAUUUGUCGUAAAUUGCCUGAUGCCCGUAAUGAGUGGAUACAAUUGGCAAAUAAAACUUCCCGAAUUAUUAAAUAUUUUGCUGAUAAAGAUGAUGGUGAAAGUUGGCGUCGUAGAAUGUUUUUUGCUUAUGUCAAAGGGGUAGUCACGGAAGCAAUAGAGCAAGGGCAAUGGCUUUUAGUGGACGAAAUAAAUCUGGCAUCUGCUGAAUGUUUGGAUGUUAUUUUGCUCGAAUUAUCAACUGAUGUUCAUAAGAACUUUCGUCUUUUUGCUUGUAUGAAUCACGCAACAGAUAUAGGAAAACGUUUAUUACCAAGCGGAAUUCGCGCAAAAUUUACCGAAAUUUUCGUUUCUGAAAUUGUCGAUGUGGAUCAAUUACAUAUUCUUAUUCGAGGUCAUCUUCCUUCGCUUCCAAAAAAUUUGAUUGAUGGAACACUGAAUUUUUACAAAGAAAUAAUUGCUUCAUUUCCUCUUAAAUUCAGUUUACGUAAUCUAAGCCGUGCACUUUCAAUGGUCAGUGACAAUUAUUAUAACAAUGGUCAACUUACUUCAAUUUUGAGUGCUUGCCGUCUUUCAUUUUCUAGUCAACUUGGUGUAAAUCAGCGAAUUAUGAUGUCUGACAUUCUGGCGAAAUCAUUUGGUUUAUCUUCUCUUCAAUUUCCAGCACCAAAAGCUGGCCAAAUUGAUGACUCCAAAUUUAUAUUAAUCGAAGGUUUUCCAAUUUCUCGAGGCUCCGAACCAAUUACUAACGAAGGUGUUUAUGUUUUUACUCCAUCAGUCAGAGAGAAUAUAAAGUUAUUGGCUAAUGUUGUUUCUACCCGAAAAUAUCCUAUUCUUCUUGAAGGAGAGACAUCUGCUGGAAAAACUUCCAUGGUUAUUCAACUUGCCAAAAUGAGCGGUAAUUGUGUAUAUCGAAUUAACAACCAUGAACAUUCUGAUAUCCAGGAAUAUAUUGGCACUUAUGCUCCUGAUAUGGACGGAAGGCUUGUUUUUACUGAAGGUCUUCUUUUAAAAGCCCUUAAAUUUGGCCACUGGAUAAUUCUCGACGAGUUAAAUUUGGCUCCUAGUGCUGUACUUGAAGCAUUGAAUAGGCUUCUCGACGACAACCGUGAACUUUUUGUACCUGAACUCAAUCACACUAUCAAGGCCCAUCCUAACUUCCAAUUAUUUGCUACUCAGAAUCCUUUUGGUGCUUAUUCUGGUCGUAAACGCCUUUCUCGUGCAUUUCUAAACAGAUUUAUGGUGAUUCAAUGUGAUAUAAUUCCGCUUUCUGAACUUCCUCAAAUUGUUCAACAUCGCUGUGGUGUAGCACCUAAACAAGCAAAAUUGGCCGUCGACGUUUUAUAUGAACUGCGUAAUCGAAGAGCCAUCUCAAAAAUAUUCUCUUCAUCAGAUGGUUUAAUGACUUUGAGAGACCUUUUCCGUUGGGCUAAUCGACUUGCCUCUCAGAAACAAGUCGAUGAUUGGCGACAAUCAAUGGCCGAUCAUGGAUAUUUUGUGCUUGGUACUCGCUGUCGCACACCUCAUGAUGAACGAGAAGUCAUAAAUGUAUUGGAACAAAAAUUGCAACGUAAAAUCAACGUCGAUCUUCUAUUUGAUCAAAAAUCUCCAUUUAUGCCUAAUUUCAUCAUCCCUCAACAAAUAGUACUAACUGCACAAUUACGUCGAACACUUAUUCUUUGCUCAGAGGCUUGGAAAUGUGAUGAACCUGUUCUACUUGUUGGUGAUACAGGUUGUGGCAAAACGUCUGCUGUUCAUCUUUUUGGUGAUCUUCUUUCAAUAAACUGCCAUGAGCGAACAGAUGCUUCUGAUCUUCUCGGAAGUGUUCGUCCAUUUCAUGAUUCAAAAAUCGGCCCAACUUUCCAAUGGCGAGAUGGUAUUGUUGUGCAGGCCAUGCGUCGCGGUCAACGUGUACUAAUUGAUGAGAUCUCGCUAGCUUCUGAUUCUGUGCUUGAAAGGCUUAAUUCAUUACUUGAAUCGGAACGUACAAUUUUACUAACAAAUCCUGCUUCGUCUACUUCUGGAGAUUCUAAUUCAAUUGAGCAAUUAGUUAGGGCGAGUUGUGGUUUUCAGCUCAUAGCAACGAUGAAUCCUGGGAAUGAUUAUGGAAAGAGAGAGCUCUCAAAAGCAUUGCGCAAUCGAUUUACAGAAAUCUGGUGUCCAAACAAUUAUAACAGAGAAGACGCAUUAGAAAUACUUCGCCGGCGGUUACAAUGUGAUACAUCUGCAAAAUUGACUCUGGAAUUGACGGAUAAGAUUGCAAGUGUUUUUAUAGACUUCACUGAAUUUUUUACCAAUCAACUUGCUGAAAUCAUAAAAUUUUCUCCUUCAUUGCGAGACCUGGUUGGAUUGGCUGAGCUAUUCAUGGAAAUGCUGAAUACAAUUGCUUCAGAUGUUAAUUUAAAUACGCUUGUCAAAUUACUUUACCAUUCCAUUGAGGCAACUUUCUUAGAUGCCUUAGGAGUUAUGCCCCAGCGUAUGUCUUUCAAUAGAAACUUGAUAAUCGAACAGUGCCGAGCUAAGGUUAUGAAGAUAUUUGUUCGAUUAAUGUCUUUUUUUAGUUUUCAACAGUUGUGCAAAAAUAUGGUUUUAUUUGUGAAAAUGUUCUACCUCAUUUUGGAUGUAAUGAUAUCAUUGUAA